CUCUCGGGGUGAGGUGAGGGUGGGGGCAGAGGGGGAGCCCCGCAGCCCCCUCCCAGCCCUCGGAGCGCGUGCCAUUGGCCCGGGCGGCCGGGUGGGCGGGGGGAUGACAUCAGCGGCAGGUUGGAUUUAUUAAGGCGCGAGCGGAGCUGCGGGCUCAGAGCGCACCCGGUCGGCACAGUCGGCUCCGUGGAGCUCUGGGACCCGCGCCCGCACAGCAGUCCCGCCAGCCCGCUCGCCCCGCGUUCGCCAGAGCAUCUGCCCUCGCCGCUGCCUGCGUGUGCCCCUCAGCCUCCAGGGCACCAUGCACCUUUCCCAACUGCUGGCCUGCGUCCUGCUGCUCACCCUCCUCGCGCUCUGGCCCUCCGAAGCCAAGCCCGGCUCGCCAUCGAAGGGCCUGCGAACUCCGCUCGGGGAGGUGUCAGCCGCGUCCCAGGCUGAGAGCGGCUCCCAGAGGAAGCGCGACAAGACCCUCGGCGGCGGCGGCAUUAACCUCAGGGGCGACCGGUCGCGCCUGCUCCGGGACACCAAGACUCGAUGGGCCCGCCUUCUGCAGGAGAAGCCACGGGAGAAGCCAAAAAAAAAAUUCCCAAAGCAGAAUUCGGGCAAUAACUGCUUCGGGCAUAAGCUGGACAGGAUCGGCGCCUACAGUGGCCUGGGAUGUUAGUGCGGCGACCCCUGGCGGAGGAUUGAGAACUUGCUCCGUUUUGCUGAGAUUAUCCUUGGUCAUCUGGAAGCACCUCCAAGGCAAUGUGGCUUUUACAUUUCUUUCUUAUUUUUUCCCUUGCGGUACUGGGAAUAGGCAACACCAGCUGUUUUAUUAUUAUUUGGGGAGGGGGUAUGAUUUUAUUGUUUGUUUGUUUGUUAUGAAAAGGAAAAAUAAAAAGUUAUAUAUAUUACAUAUAUAUAGUAUACAUGAAACACACACCUACACCGACCUAAUGACAAGGGACAGUUUUUCAGAGACUGACAAAGCCAGCUGUAAACAUUGCUGUGUGUAAAUUCAUGUCAUGCAUAAAUGUAUUUAUGUUGUAAAGCUAUUUAUAUUGUUUAUAAAGAGAUAUUUAUAAAAAGUUUUAUUUAUGUAACUAAAUGAAAGAAGUCAAUCAUUGUAAUGUUUUUGUAUUAACUAGUUUAAAAUGUAAAAAAAAAAAAAAAAAGUCCUUCUGUGAACAUCUUGAAAA